AUGAUUAGAAACGUUCUAAGAACUUUAGGUGGAAAUAAAAAACUUUAUUGUUGUUCUGUUACCAGAGGUACAGUAACUGAUACAACGAAUACAGAAAAAAAACCACUACCACCAUCAUUUUAUAAAUUUAACGAAGUUAAACGUGAUAAGCUUGCAAAUUUUGGAAGAUAUAUCGCACAAUGCUUACCAAAAUUUGUACAGCAGGUACAGUUUGCUGCUGGUGAUGAGUUAGAAAUAUUAAUUCAUCCAUCAGGUGUAAUACCUGUAGUGACUUUUCUUAAAGGUCAUCAUUCAGCACAAUUUACAAAUUUAAAUUUUAUAACUGCAGUUGAUGUUCCAACAAGAAAAAAUCGUUUUGAAGUUGUUUAUCAAUUUAUUUCUAUUAGAUUUAAUGCUAGAAUAAGAGUUCGUACUUACACAGAUGAAAUUUCUCCUAUUGAAUCAAUAACUCCAGUCUUUAGGGGUGCUGAUUGGUAUGAACGAGAAGUUUAUGAUAUGUAUGGUGUAUGGUUUAAUAAUCAUCCAGAUUUAAGAAGAAUCUUAACUGAUUAUGGAUUCGAAGGUCAUCCAUUUAGAAAAGAUUUCCCACUCUCAGGGUAUAAUGAGGUUAGAUAUGACCCAGAACUAAAAAGAAUUGUUUAUGAACCAACUGAAUUAGCACAAGAAUUUAGGAAAUUUGAUUUAGACACUCCAUGGGAAACUUUCCCAAAAUUUAAAAAUGAAUCAAUAGCUUCUGGAUAUCAUGUUAUUGACAAGGAAGAUAAGAAAAAAGUAUAG